ACAAAUGAGAUAGCCGUGUUCAUCCAAUACACGGAAACAGUAGACGGUUAUCGUAUAGAAACGUCAAGCUGAUUGUUCUUCUCAUUCUCAUUCUUUUAUUUUUCAUCUUUCAAGCUACUCAUUAUGGGUUCUUCAACCUUGAUUCCAAUUGCAUUAUAAUCUUUUUUUUUUUAUUCCAAAGGUAUGGCUGAUGAAUUUAUUGUUUGAUGAAGUUAACUUUGAAGGACUAACUUAUGUAUUGAUGAUCCAUCUGAUUUUCACUCAAUUCUAGGGGAAAUAUUGGUCGAUUUCGUUGGAUAGAGUGGAACAUAGCUAAUCCAGCUAUGACUUGCUUCCCUUUCGUUUGUCGAAUGAGAGCCAGGGCGUCUACUGAACCGAAUGUAGACAUUGCUGGAGUUUCAGAUUUAAAUAACAUAAAGUUCUAUAAAUACAAGGAGUUGCAGCACGCAACGGACAACUUUAGCCAAGCAAAUAAAGUCGGCGAGGGAGGUUUCGGACUUGUCUAUAAGGGUAAGCUGAGAGAUGGGAUGGUGGUCGCUGUCAAGGUGCUAUCACCCGAAUCAAGGCAAGGCUUACACGAAUUCGUUACAGAAUUAACGGUCCUUGCAAACAUAGAGCACGAAAAUUUGGUUAAGAUUUUAGGUUGUUGCGUCGAAGGGAAUAAUAGAAUUUUGGUCUCCGGAUAUCUCGAGAAUAACAGCCUUUCUCAAACUUUACUUGGUCAGAACCUUAACAACAUUGAUUUUAACUGGAAAAAACGAAGAAACAUAUGUAUUGGCAUUGCGAAGGGCCUUGCAUUUCUUCAUGAAGAAAUCCAGCCUCGUAUCGUGCAUAGAGAUAUUAAAGCGAGCAAUAUCCUACUCGACAGAGAUCUAACGGCUAAGAUUUCAGAUUUUGGUCUCGCGAGACUUAUACCUGCUAACAUGACACAUGUUAGCACUAGGGUUGCAGGGACACUAGGUUAUUUGGCACCUGAAUAUGCACUCCGAGGUCAGUUGACAAGGAAAGCCGAUAUCUACAGUUUUGGUGUUCUUCUUCUGGAAAUUGUCUGUGGUAGAUGCAACCGGAAUAGACGACUGCCUCCUGGAGAUCAACAUCUUGUGCAGAGGGCAUGGAAUAUGUUUAAGAACGAGUCGCUUGUCGAGUUGGUAGACGAAACAUUUAGAGAGGAUCUUGAUUUUGAGGAGGCAAGUAGAUUCUUCAAGAUCGCGCUUCUUUGCAUGCAAGAAGUACCAAAACUACGACCAUUGAUGUCGACUGUGGUAGCGAUGCUUCAGGGAGAGGUUGACAUUACUGAAAUGAGCAUAACUCAGCCCGGGAUGCUUUGUGAGUUUACUGAUAUUAAAGCGAAAGAAAUCUCUAUAGAACACACGGAUAAGAGCACGUCCGCCUUUGUUUCUUUAACCUUCAGUCGAUAAGUAUCGAGAUGACUGAGCUAACCAGUGUAACAUAAUUGGCUUUUGAAUUUGGGAUUCACUCAAAUUUGUCCAAGAAUAGCCUAAAACAGACCAUAAUUUGCUUUUUGUAUUCGCGAUUCACAAGGAAAUUAGCGAAUUAUGUGACACUGAGUUUAGCAGGUAGAUUUUACCCCGUAUUCUAUUUGUGCCUCUUUUUGGUAGAUAUAACACUGAAACUAGUUUCUUUGGAGAGCCUAGAUGUCAAAAUGGUCUAGAGUGUGAUCCUACUCCCGUCUUUACUAUUAGAAAUGCAUAAUAAAUUUGAAUUUUGUAUUUAAUUGUAUUAAUUGAUAUGAACCCAUAUUUUAUCUUUCA